UCUUUUUAUGUAGGGUGUCAAGGAGGUUCGGUUAGUCUGGAUAGGGUAGAGAAUUGGCUUAACUCAAACCCUGAGAUUAUCGGGGAUACAUAGUGAAAUGGAAAGUGCAAACAGUAGAACAGCCCAGACAAAACCACACAACAGUGUGUUGUUUCUUUAGACAGCGUUCAGGACUGAGGAUUUAAAGACUUGAUGUGUUUCUAACUAGUGAGCACUGAGGUUGCAGUUUACUGAAGAACUGGAGAUGAAGGACAUUACGUGGAUUUAUGCCAUGCUUGUUUUCUUGCUGUCUGAAGCACAGAGCAUCAAACCAGGUACUAACCAAAGCACCUCUGUGAACUUCACCUCUUCUUCUCCUCAGUAUUUUGUGAAAAUACAUAAAGCCUUUACGCAGGGGAGUGAAGUUAACCUGACAUGCAGCAAUAAGACAUGGAAAGACAUGAUGUUUGUUACCUGGAAUAUAAACUUGAGAGAACUGAGAGAGUGUAGAAUAGCAUUUGAUAAUCGUGGCGAAAUCAAAGACUCCUGCAAUGAUGGCAAGUCUCUUCGAAACACAUCUAGUGCUCAGUCAUACCUGCACAUCCCAAACUUCUCCAAGGAUGACAUGGGGGUCUACAAGUGUAAUUCUGUUUACAAUGGAGGAAGCGAAGACUAUGAGAUCAAUGUCACUAUCAGAGUUCUUCCAAGAACAACAGGCUGGAUAGAGCAUGUUGGCAGUAAAAUGACGGCAGUGUGCAAAGCUGAAGGAGGAAACCCUGCUGCCAACCUCAGCUGGAGUCUUUUUGGAAACUCUUCAACUGUGACCGUGACAGGCUCUCAGGAUGUUUUUACAGUGGAAAGUCAUCUAGAUCUCCUUGAGGGAAUGGAAAGAGGAAACCUGAGUUGUUCUAUCAGGCACCCGUUGUUUAAAGAGCCAGAGAUUUUAGUUCCAAAGCUCAAAAUAGGUUAUGGUCCCUGGCUCUACAUCCUUACAGCUGUGGUAAUCAUUGUGUUUUUGGCAGGAAUUUUAUUUUUUGCACAAAGGAAACUAUUGAGGCGAUGCAAGCUUUCCGAAACAUCACCAUCCAAAUCUCCACCGGUGGGUUUCUCGCCUACAGAAGAUGUGGAGGAAGUGCAGCCGUACGCCAGUUAUGUUCAACGUGUCAACUCUAUCUAUAACUCAUCUGCAGAUUUGUUCACAUAGAAUCCUGCACAUGCAUCAUGCUCACACACACACAUGCACUUGGCUCAUGAGAGCCUGAAGGAUGUGAAACUGAGAAAUGAUGCAAUAGUAAAGAUAGCAGAUACUAAGUUAGACAAAAGAUUUCCAAUGAGAGACCUUUGAGUGUACUGUGAUUCUUCCCUGACUGAACUGUUGACCGAUGGAACAGGGGAUGUACUUGAUGUAACACACUGGCUCUCAUGUACAGCAUUCAUGCAUCUCUAAUUUGUGCGUGCCAUGGAGACCAUUACCCACAAAUGCAAUGAACCAGCGGAUCAAGUCUAUGGAGCUUUUUCAUGAAAUACAUGGACUACAAUUAUAUGAUCAGUAUUAUAUUUAUAAUAAUACAAAAUAUUUAUAGAUAUAGUUAUGCUUAUUUUUUUUAAUGAUUCUUGUUGAAGUCAAUCAGGUAAAGGAGAGAACACAGGUGUAGUAUUACCUCAAAAUAAUGUGGACAAUAGUAUGUGAAUUAUUCAUGACAUGUGUUAACAACAUCAUUUUGUAAUGUGUUAAUUAAACACACAUUUGAACACACUGGUGAGCUCUACAAAAAUGUAAAAGAACACUACAAGUAGUACAUGAGGAGAAGUACAGGAUGUUGUUUUUUUCCGAAAUGGAAGUUUCCAUAAUGGUAAUAUGUUAAUAUAGUUGCAGUAGCGUGACACAAAUUGUAAAAAGCACCACGUGGUUAAUAAUAAUAAAAAAAAAAGUCCCGCUGGGGUUAAUACUGAAACAGAUCAAACGCCUAACCAGUUUUUAGACCUGCACGAAACUGAUCAUUGGUUUAACCUAAUCUACGUUUUGUCGUUACUUUUUUGAUUAUCAGCCUUGAACUGUCCAGUUAAAUGUUGAUUAUAUGAAUUUGAUGCAAUACUUUCAUGACGAGUGUAAACCCAAUUCUGAAGAAACGUAUUACAGUAAGAGGAUAGGAAAUGGAAACUGUCAAAAGAGACUGUUCUGCCAUCUACUGGUGGAGAUCAGAACAUCCAUGGUCAUGAUGGUGUAUUGUUUCACAGUCGGAUAAUUAUUAAUUAUAAUUCUAUUCAUUCAGUGUUUAAUUAAAUUAAACCUUUUUUGUUAUGUGC